AUGCCCGACUCUCCUGCUUUGUCUGAUCCCGGUACUUGCACUGUGCAGCUAACGUCGGAUGCAUUGAUCGACGAGUUCAAGCGACAAGGCCACUUUGAUCAAGCACGCAAACAAUUGUUUCAAAACUUUCAGCAAAGUGCGCAUCAUGCCGCAUUUUUAGAGCAGUCAGAGGCGUGUAUGAUGCAGUACGUUGAUAAAGAGGCUGAUCGCCUUGUAUACCGCGACGCGCGGCUUCGGCACGGUGAAUUGAUGCGCGCAUUGGAGCAGUUGCCGCUUUUUACCGAGCUCGUGGAAUCCUUGUCAAAGCAAACGCACGACAUGGGCACGGAUGUGCCCAAGGAGGCGAUGCUUGGUGCGCAGGGCCAGAUUGCACAGCAGAUGCGCUCGCAGCUUGCGCAAAUGAUUUUUGCACAGUCUUCCGGAAACGAACAGGUACCAUCGAACGACCUUACAUAG